AUGCGGCCGAGGGAUUUGCAUCCGCUGUGCUGCCUCCCCGCCGACGACGGAGGAUCCCCUCCGCCGACGCCUCCGCUCGCCCCUCCGCCGCCGUCCGUGGCCGGGCUGCUCUACAAGUGGACCAACAUCGGCAAGGGCUGGCGCCCGCGCUGGUUCGCCAUCCGCGGCGCCGUCCUCGCCUACUCUAAGAUCACACGCCGCUCCACGUCGCCCUCCUCCUCCUCCGCCGCCACCCGGAUCAUUGGGCCCGCCCGAUACGGCCAUGACCGCCCCGUCGGCCUCGUGCACCUCAAGAUCUCCUCAUUCCGUGAAAGCAAGUCAGAUGACAGGCGGUUCUACAUAAUUACUCCAACCAAGACACUGCAGCUGAGAACAGACUCUGCUAAUGAACGAGUGGCUUGGAUCGAAGCCCUUUUUUCUGCUCGAGCUGAAUCUUCUCCAGAUGGGGGUUUAUUGAGUAACCAGAAUGAUGCAUCAUUUUCUACGGAGAGGCUUAGAAAUCGCAUGCAUGAAGAAGGCCUUGUAUCACACACACAGAUGAAACAACGCUGUGAAGAAUAUGUAAGCUUUAUCAGCAGUCUUCCACAGCAGCUUGAGGUACUUAAUGCAGAUGAUAAUGCUAAUAUGAUUGAGCUCCACUCGCACUUGAUGAAACCUGAAUAUUCCAGCUCUGGACAGGGAAAAUGUAGUGAGUGCAGCAAUACUGAAUCUUCUGAUGAUGUUGGACAACAGGAGUUGGAUGAACUUUUGGAUGACGAUGACUAUCAUUUUUAUGAUACAAGGCAGAGUUUCAGUGAUUCAGCAGCAAUUUCUUGCUUGAAGAUGAAAGGUUCAAAUUCUGGCAAGGAUACCUUUCUGUAUGGUGAUAAAUUUGUGAAACCAAAAGCUGACAGUGAGUGCCUGUCGCCAUUUUUCAAGCGUCGCACGAAGUUGCCUGAUCCAGUUGAGAAGGAAAAGGGUGUUAGUCUUUGGUCAAUGAUCAAGGAUAAUGUCGGAAGAGAUCUUACACGAAUAUGUCUGCCUGUUUACUUUAACGAACCAUUAUCAUCUCUUCAAAAAUGCUUUGAAGACUUGGAAUAUUCUUAUUUGUUAGAUCGUGCAUAUGAAUGUGGCCGAAAGGGGGACAGUUUGAUGAGAAUUCUUAACGUUGCUGCAUUUGCGGUUUCUGGGUAUGCUUCCUCAGAUGGGCGCCCCUGCAAACCUUUCAAUCCAUUGUUAGGGGAAACCUAUGAAGCUGAUUACCCUGAAAAUGGAAUCCGUUUCAUCUCUGAAAAGGUUAGCCAUCAUCCAAUGGUCAUGGCUUGUCAUUGUGAAGGAAAAGGCUGGAAAUUUUGGGGAGACAGCAAUGUAAAGAGCAAGUUCUGGGGGCAAACAAUCCAGCUGGAUCCUGUUGGUGUGUUAACUCUAGAAUUUGAUGAUGGAGAAACUUUCCAGUGGAGUAAGGUUACAACAACAAUUAAUAACCUUAUCAUAGGCGUAAAAAAAAACCUUAUCAUCGGCAGAGUUUAUUGUAAUCACCAUGGCACGAUGAGUAUAAAUGGGAACAGGGGAUAUUCAUGCAAGCUAAUAUUCAAACAACAAUCUUUCCUUGAGCGCAACCCUCGCCAGGUUCAAGGAUUCGUUAAGGAUGUUGAUGGUUCCAAGGUUGCGACCCUAAUGGGAAAGUGGGAUGAGAGCAUGUACUGCACCAUUGCUAACGAUGCACCCAGAGUAAACUGCAGUGCAUCAGGCCAGAAUACAGAUGCGACUCUGUUGUGGGAGAAAAAUGAACCUUCAGCUAAUCCUACUCGCUAUAACCUUUCAUCAUUCGCAAUAACUCUGAACGAGUUGACUCCAGAACUCAAGGAGAGGCUUCCACCAACGGAUUCAAGACUCAGACCAGAUCAGCGACAUGUAGAGAAUGGGGAGUAUGGUAAGGCCAACGCUGAGAAGCUGCGACUGGAGGCGAGGCAACGAAUGUCACGGAAGAUGCAGGACAGUGGUUGGAAACCAAGAUGGUUCCGGAGGGAUGGCAGCGACGGGACAUUCCGCUAUGUGGGAGGUUACUGGGAGGCAAGAGAGCAGGAGAAAUGGAAUGGAUGUCAUGAUAUAUUUGGUGAAGUCUCCGACGGCAGCCGAAAGCAGCAGACAGAUCAUCACCUCUGA